GAACACUUCACCCCGGAGUGCAAGUUCAAGGAGUCAGUGUUUGAGAACUACUACGUGACCUACUCCUCCAUGAUCUACAGACAGCAGCAGUCUGGUAGGGGCUGGUACCUCGGUCUGAAUAAAGAGGGGGAGAUAAUGAAGGGAAACCACGUGAAGAAGAACAAGCCAGCAGCCCACUUCCUCCCCAAGCCUUUGAAAGGUGAGUCUGUCCAUCUUUCUUCCUAUAUGGUGCUUGGCUCUAUAUUGGAGACAAUAGAGGAUAAUAAGGGAAAUGUUUCUUAGGAAACUUUACUUUUUCUAAAGUUUCUUCAUUAUUCUCCCAAGCCCAUUACAUUGCAAUUGAAAGUUUAUUGGUGAUUCACUAUGGCCUGGAGCACUGAGCUUUGGCAGCGGUUAUUUGUAUAAAUGGGGGACUUUACAGAAAAAACCCCAAGCUUCUCUUUGAUUAACUUUUUCUCUCUCUCUGCGGGUAGUCUCUCACUACAGCCUGGGAUAGGCUGCUCUUAGCCCCCCUGCCAUCGGGCUUUCUGCUCUGAGGCAGUGGUGUGUGGACAGGGCUAUUGAGAACUUCCCAAAAGCUAUUCAUACUUCAUUGGAGCCAGACAGUGGAAAAGGCAGGGGCAGUGUCCAUGCUGAAAAGCUGCGGGAAUGCUAAAGUUCUGCCUGUUUGAAUAGAGACAGCUAGGCUUUUUAACACUAAUGUCAUGGCUCCCCACCUCCACCCAACCAGGCCAGGUGCCUCAUGGGAGGAAGGGGAAGGAGGGGGGAUGAUUGUGUGCUGGAUAGAUGGAUCUGUUCAUGAUGUUGAAAAGGCCACAGCUCUUUCAUCUAGAACAAGAUACAGGCUUACCUGUCAACAGAGAGAACAAGAAAAAACUGAGAGCGUCUGUACUCCACUUCCACGAGAUGAAAGGAUGAGCUUUUAGACAAAAAAUCCCCAUUAAAGAAAGGAACUGCUAGUGACGCAAAUUACUCAACCGAUGAGAGCACCAAGCGGGUAGCAAUUUAUUUAGAAAAAUCUGAUCAAACGUUCAGUCGUUUCGUCAUUUGGAUCCGUCAAGUUGCAAGCUUCUUUUGUGGUUACAUGAUUUACAGAGGUGAGCACAGAAUAAAGAGUGUGUGCCACAAAUACACUGUUACCCUGUUUGUGUACAGUCCGAAAAUCAUGGUUAAAAGAUGCCAUGAAGUUGUAAUCCCUAAAUGAGGGCAGGAGGGCAUUGGAGAGUGACGCACUGGGCUUUGAAUCCCUUUCAACACCUUUUUCACAAGGGCAGAAAGGUACAGCAAACAGACAGCUGUGAUGAUGAUGCUUUCUCUUACUGGGUUGCGGUUGGCUUGGCUGCUCUGCUCUUAUCCUCCGACCGACCGACCAGUAGCUCAUUAAAAAUCUAAGUCACUGCUCACUGUAAUUGCUUUUGGGUUACAUUUAAACAGCACGACCAGGGGGCCCAAACACACUUAAGAGCAAUAGCCAGAGAAUGAUCGCCCCGCACUCAGGACUGAGAGAGAGAGAGAGAGAGAGAGAGAGAGAGAGAGAGAGAGAGAGAGAUAGAGAGAGAGAGGAGAGAGAGAGAGAGAGAGAGAGAGAGAGAGAGAGAGAGAAGAGACGAUAGAGAGAGAGAGAGAGAGAGAGAGGCUGCUUAAGCUGCUAGGUCGAAGAGGGAGAGAUACAGUAGAGAAAGAAAUGGAGGGAUGAUUGGUAGAGGAGAAGCGUAAAUGAACUAAGGAUGAACGGCCCCAGCGGUGAGAUGGACUGACCUCCAGGUCAUCCUCCAGCAUUAUAGUUGCAUAAUGCCAUGGCUAAUAAGCCCAGUAUCGAUCCCACACAGCUUCCCACUGAAGUCCACUAUUGAUUGACUCGUGUGCGCAGGGAUUCUUUGUGUGAAGCGUGCUGCUGUCACCAGAAAGCCAAGGCUAAGGGAAUGAAGUAUCUUUGGAGAGUUUGGUUUGCUGCUUGGGCCAAAGCCCCAGAGAACCACACAUCAAAGCACAUUCUGUCCAGAGGCUGUUUGAGGAGUGGCUCCUAAAGACUAAAGAGAUCAGAACCUCUAAGAUGACUGGUGUUUCUUCUGAAAAGUUUAAGAGAUGCAAACAAAGUUGCUUUAGCUCGGUGUGCUGCAGUACACAUCAAGGAGAAGGGUACAAGCUCCUGAAUAGCUAAUGUAAGGCAGUGGCUAUAAGUUAUUUCUGUCCUAAAUAAAUGCCUUGUCCUGGCUUUUUUUACUCCCUACUGCAUAUUUCAGGGUUGUACAUUAUGUUAAGAUAUAAAGUGACAUGAUCAGAGGGAAUUGAGCAAUAGAAUAGAAUAGAAUAGAACUUGGUCCGGCCAGAGAGGAAAAUAUGCAUCUUCAGAGGGACAAUGCAAUUCUAUUCUAUUCUGUUCGAUUCUAUUCUAUUCUACUGCUCAGCUCCGCUCCAUCUACAAUAGCAGCCUUAUCCAUGUGUCUGACCAUUGUCCCGUAUGUCUGUCUGUCCCACAGUGGCCAUGUACAGGGAACCCUCCCUCCACGACCUGACAGAGUUCUCGCGCUCUGGCAGCGGCACACCAACCAAGUCCCGGAGUGCCUCGGCCGUGCUCAACGGAGGCAAGGCGGUGAGCCAGAAUGAGUCCACGUAG